UUUCAAGUUGAAGAGUAACUUUGGUAUGAGUUGUGUGUUUCUGUGAGAUGUGUACAUAUUCUUUCUUUACAGAUGUGUUUGGUUGGAAUUACUACUAGUUGGUAUUCUGUGUAUGGUAUUGCCAUUUUAAUAAUGUAAUUGUUUUAUAGUUGGUGUUCUUACAUAAGUUAUUUUAGACUUACUGAUAUUGAUAAAGAAGAAAAUACAAGCUAUAAGAUUAACCAAGGGAAAGGGUCUGUUUCAGUCCUGUCGUUUUUUCCAUAUGCUGCCAGUGUGCUAAAUCAUGAAUUGUCCGUGAGUCGUUAUGACUUAGUUGAUAUUCCUAAAACUGAAAAUGGGUACUCUUUUGGUUCAACUAAUACUAGUUAUCAUAAGGACUCCAGUGAUAAAUUUAAGCUUUAUUUUCCUUUGUUCAUCAAGUAGAAUUCUAUUCCAUUUAACUAUAUAUUGUUUAUCAUAUUAUUUACUAAGCAAAAAACUUUAAAGUUUAUGUUUUCAGAUUUGAAUAAGUAGGUUGUACAUAAUUAAAUGUUUUUCUGGUUGAUCGUAGAUUCUUUGGAUGGAACGAAACCUUGAAAGGACCUGUAGUUUACCCUGCAGCUUCAGACAAUAUCCCACUUAAAUUACCCAGGUAAUAGAGAAGAGGAAACCUAAUCCAUGACUGUGGAAUAAUAUGGAAGAAGAUGGAAAAAAACUUGUUUAAUGGGUUGAAAGAGUGGAGCCUUUUUUAAGACAUGGAUAGAUGCAAACAUGUAGGGCGGUUGCGGCUGGCCCAGGACCACUCCAUCCUGAACCCUCAGAAGUGGUGCUGUAGGGAGUGCACGACCACAGAGUCGGUGUGGGCUUGUCUCAAGUGUUCGCACGUGGCCUGUGGCCGCUACAUCGAGGACCACGCCCUUAAACACUUUGAAGAAACGGGACACCCUCUUGCCAUGGAGGUCCGGGAUCUCUAUGUAUUCUGUUACCUGUGCAAGGACUACGUGCUCAAUGAUAACCCGGAGGGGGACCUGAAGCUGCUGAGGAGCUCUCUCCUGGCGGUCAGGGGCCAGAAGAAGGACCCGCCUGGCAGACGAGGUCGGUCACUGCGGUCCAUGGCCUCUGGCGAGGAUGCGUCCCCUCCACCGCUCACUCCUCAGGGACAGCCGCAGAUGCUCACGGCUCUGUGGUACCGGCGCCAGCGCCUGCUAGCCAAGACGCUGCGACUCUGGUUCGAGAAGAGUUCCCGUGGUCAGGCAAAACUGGAGCAGCAGCGGCGCGAGGAGGCGCUGGAGCGCAAGAAGGAGGCUGCACGACAGCGGCGGCUCGAGGUCAAACGGCGGCUGCUGGAGGAGCUGGCUAGCGCCCCUCCGCGCAAGAGCGCACGCCUUCUGCUGCACACGCCCCGCGCCGCUGCCCCGCGCCCUGCCACCCCAAGGACGCCCACCACGGGCCGCCUUCCCCCGCGUCGUGCACCAGCUGUGGCUCCAGGCGUCACCGGCCUCCGCAACCUGGGCAACACCUGCUACAUGAAUUCGAUUCUGCAGGUGCUCAGCCACCUCCAAAAGUUCCGAGAGUGUUUCCUGAACCUCGACCCUUCCAAAACAGAACAACUCUUUUCCAGAGCCACCAAUGGGAAGGCGUCGCUCUCAAGCAGGCUGGCCAGCAGCUCCACUACGGAGUUGUCGCCAAGGAGCGACAGGGCUGAGUAUUGCGAGAAGGACGGCCUCUGUUGGAAUGGUGGAGCCUCCAUCACCAGGAGUCUAGAACUCAUCCAGAACAAGGAGCCCAGCUCAAAGCACAUCUCCCUUUGCCAUGAACUGCACACCCUAUUCCGAGUCAUGUGGUCUGGGAAGUGGGCCCUGGUGUCGCCCUUCGCCAUGCUUCACUCCGUGUGGAGUCUGAUCCCCGCCUUCCGCGGCUACGACCAGCAGGAUGCUCAGGAGUUUCUCUGCGAGCUGUUGCACAAAGUGCAGCAGGAACUCGAGUCCGAGGGCACAGCACACCGGAUCCUCAUCCCCUUCUCCCAGAGGAAGCUCACCAAACAGGUCUUAAAGGUGGUGAACACCAUAUUUCACGGGCAGCUACUCAGUCAGGUCACAUGUAUAUCAUGCAAUUACAAAUCCAACACCAUUGAGCCCUUUUGGGAUCUGUCCCUGGAAUUCCCUGAACGCUAUCACUGCAUAGAAAAGGGGUUUGUCCCUUUGGAUCAGACAGAGUGCCUGCUCACUGAGAUGCUGGCCAAGUUCACAGAGACAGAGGCCCUAGAAGGGAGAAUCUACGCUUGUGACCAGUGUAACAGCAAACGACGAAGAUUCCAAUCCCAACCCCUUGUUCUGAGUGAAGCUAGAAAGCAGUUAAUGAUCUAGCUACCUCAGGUCCUCCGGCUGCACCUUAAAAGAUUCAGGUGGUCUGGCCGUAAUCAUCGAGAGAAGAUUGGGGUCCAUGUCGUCUUUGACCAGGUAUUAACCAUGGAACCUUACUGCUGCAGGGACAUGCUCUCCUCUCUUGACAAAGAGACCUUUGCCUAUGAUCUCUCCGCAGUGGUCAUGCAUCACGAAGGGUUUGGCUCAGGACACUACACAGCCUAUUGCUACAACACAGAGGGAGGUUUUUGGGUCCACUGCAAUGACUCAAAGCUGAAUGUAUGCAGUGUCGAUGAAGUGUGCAAAACUCAAGCCUACAUCCUUUUUUACACUCAAAGAACAGUUCAGGGCAAUGCAAGGAUCUCAGAAACGCAACUCCAAGCUCAGGUGCAGCCCAGCAACAACAAUGAGGGCAGACCACGGACCUUCCCCUGAAUGGGAGGCACACAUCAAAGACUGGCUUGCUUUUAAACAAUUGGUGUCCACACAUCUUUCCUCUUAUAGGAAGUAAGGUUUACUGCAAGAACAGGUUUUUAGGUUUGCCUCCCUGGGUCUAGAACUGAAGGUGCCAGGUGACUCAUGUGCUAUCAUAAAAUCUGUAGUCGCUUUCUUUUGAAUGGAUUUGGAAAUUCCCUCCUUUGAUAAAACAAAUCAAAAAGAGUAACUUGAAUGAAGAUUCUUUCCUCAAUUAUUUCUGAAUAUAGAGGGAGCUGGGUAGAGCAAAAAGGGGAGGAAAUUGAUCAUAUCCAACCAGGAGAGAAGCCAUGUUUUCUCUCUAGUAUAUGACUCUAGUGCUAAUCAGGACCUCCGUGCGGCACCAGAAGAAUCCUCCUGAUGUGAGUAGCCCUGGAUGAAGCACGUGAGGAGGGCCCUGGGCUGGCAGCUUGCUGGAUGGAAUUGGUUCCAAGGCAGCAGAUGAAGUCUAAGGACUUGUUCCUACAAAGGAAGUAUCUUUCAAGGGUUGAAAACUUGCAGACUGACGUUUUGGGGGGUAGCAGUUAAAAGAUUGGAAUGAGAUGCAUGGAGCAAACUUUCCCCAUGCCAAGUGGGAGGUUUUUCACGUCUCAUACCCUCCCUGGAUGCUGCUCAUUUAAUCAUUCCACAUCUGCUGAGAUGGACAUGACCAUCCCUUCAUUCUAAAGGAGCAGUUCACAUGGGGAUCAGUAACUGGCACAUGACAUGUUCUUUGUUGCAUGCUGAGCCGAAGGGCACUCUGGCUACCCAGUUCUGUGGCAAAUCCUGGGUCAGGUCAGGUCAGGGUCUAAGGUUUGGUUUAAACUGAUCUUUAGGUCAGUUGUCUGAGGCUUUCUUUCUCAGAACUCAUUUGAGGGUGGGGCGGGAAUAGCUGGUGGCCCAGGGCUUAUCUGAAUGCCUGUCACCGGUUCUUACUUGGUGUAUCAUGCAGCUUUCUUAACUCAGAGCUUCUUUCUUGCUACUGGAAGGUUAGAACAUUAUUGUUCAUUAUUGUUCACCACAAGAUAGGGAGCUGUUGCUUUCCUAGGGCUUAAGAAAUCUGUCCCCUGUGUCUGAACAGUUUACUGCUGAUGGCUCUGACCUGUUUCCUCCCAAAUCUGAUAAUCCCUCUCAUUUCUUCACCCAGCCACAAUGAGUCCACCAGAGAAGCAAGAGUGCCCUGUCUUGUACUCCAGCACUAGUAAAAUAGAUCUUUCUUUCUAAACUGGGUCAGUUCCUAAGUGAAAUUAAAUUGCCCAGGUGGAAACCUUGCUCCCCAUCAGGCACCCACUGAAUUUCCCAUCUCAGUCCUUCACUUUGACUCGCCAGUACAAGUGAAUGCAAACCGUAACUCUCAUUGUACGGUUGGGCAGCCUGCCUCAGCCUGUCAUAUGAAUGCUCAUCUUUGACUGAGUAUAUCAUAUUCAUAUUUCAAUUCAGGUAGAAGUACAGUUGCCACUUGAAGGGAGUAGAUGUGGAAGUAAAUUGGGGAGGGGUCGAAAAUUGGGAAAAGAGGAUAAUGAAUAAGGGUCAUAGCUUUAGCACUGUCGAUGGAGCCACAUUCUGGAGCAGAUGUGUAGCAUUUGUUUUGACCUCUUUUGUAACAAAACUCUCCCGUAGGAUCAGCCAGACAGCACUGAGACAUGGAAGAAAUUCAGACAGAAAAUGGCUUACCCUGAUAAGGAAGGGGGGGAGUGACUAUAUUUUAAACUUGCUUUUUCCAACACUGUGAGGUUUCUGUAAUAUUUAGCUUUAUUUGGAAGCGAUAGCGUAUAGCAGUUUUAUGCUAUUUGGUUUAUAUUGUCUACUGCAGGCUUCUUUGUAUAAGCUUGGCCUGGGCUCACCCUCUCCUGGACACUGUUUUAAAGUGUCACAGCGCCCACGCUACCAGGGCUCUGACGUGAAAACUACACUCUCUAGAUCCACAUUUUUAAGUCGGCAUGGUUGAUGAUGACUUUUUGUGACAACAGAAAAGCACAUUUAAAAAAAAAAAAACCCAGGAGAGUAAAAAAGGAAAGCAAAAUAUAAGUUGUGCCUCAUUUUCAUUGAAUGCAAUAUUUAUUAUUCUAAAAAAGGAGAACUGCAAAUGGAGAACUAAUAGAGCAUCUACUUCAUCCCUCAGGCUGUCCAGGGGGAAAUAUUUAAGAAAAUGAACAUUUAAUGGAAAAUUAAAAGACCUUCAAAUUUAAUUUUUAAAAUAGUUUUAUACCAAAUAUUAUAAGGACAUUAAGCAGAUUAAAACUUGUAAAGUAAGUACUUAAUUUAGCUAAACACCCCUGUAUAAAUGGUUUAAAAUGAGUUGGAGUAGAAACCAUCGCCAGAGUCCUCACUGAGCUCUGUGCUCCCGAAGGCGGCCCUGCAGUCACAGACACCUCAGGUACCGAGGCAGCAGCACUGAACGCUGCUGAGACCUUAGUAUUUAUGAAGAUUUUUUUAUUAAAGAAGAGAUCCCUGCUACAUAAGUCAAUGGCUGUUGUGAGGGAAAUGUCCCCUUUGCCUUUAUUUAUUUACAUAUUGGCAGUAGAUGAAUUUCUUAGCUGCAUUUACACUUUAAAUUGAAACGUUCUAAAGAGAAGAAAAUAAGAGCCAGGUAGAAGUUAACUAGAUGCUGCCAAACCAAACCCAAGAUCUCCUCACUGAACCUUCCAGACCCGCUUCUCUCCCGGACCAGUAGUUAGCAUCCCGUUCCAGGAACCCGUAGCAGUUGGCUGGUGUGUUUACUUUCUGCUGUAGCCAGCCAAGACGAAUGCACCCUGGCCCUCAAAAGGGAUUUUUACCAUCAGUCUAGCUUGACCUUCGUACUUGUGGUUGCCUCGGAGAUGAGCAUCCAUGCUAGCAUAAAAGAGAUUAGGAAUGCCCUCAACAGCCAGAAACUGAAGCUCUUAUUAAAUAGUGGACAGAGCUCUUGCCAGCUUUGAUCCAGCCCCUCUCAGGCUGAGGGGGGUGGUGCCACACUGUAAAGAAUUUCCAGAUGUCUCUUUAAAUGUCAUGAAUAAAAUUGGAACUAUAGAAGUGUUAAUGUGUCCUAUGGACUCAAUAGCAGAGUUUAUUUUUGUUUUUAAUGGUAAGGCUUCUAGGGUCAAUGAUUGUAUGAGUUCCCUUCUCUUCCUAUGCUUACAGUUCCAUCCAAGUGCAAGAACAAGGGAGUGGGUUGGCUGGCAGUGGGACAUGGCCCUAGCCAGCCCUAAGCCUAAGAGGUCGACAGUAGUGCAGAAAUGAAAACUUGGUUGGGUGGGGGGGGGUGGGAUAUGGGUGGGCAGGCAGGGAAGAUGGAGUUUGUUUUACUUACUGAUAAAGCUUUGUGAACUAAUUUUAUACAAUUCAUAAAAUUUGGUGCCUUGUACCCAAUUAUGGUUUGCAUGGAAUUGAACAGAUUAGGAUUCCUUCUUGUCAUUUCAAGUGGCAAAUUGGUUUGUAUAGUGUAAAGGAAUUUGGUAUCAGAUUUUAAAAAAGCAUUUCAUAUCUCGUGAGGAAAGCAAAUUAUUCUUACCAACAAGGUCUGAAAUUUUCUGUAAUGUCCAAAAUCUGUAUUUGUGAUCAUUCAUGAAACGUCUGCUUCUCAAGGCAGACUUUGUACUCCACUCUUUUUAACCACCCUUUUUAUGUUUAAAAUGUUAACUCGAUUGAGCCUUUUCGAAUCAAGCUGGGAGAGCCACCUUUCUUAACCAUAUACUACACCCCAAUCUGGAGGUGUAUCUUAGGAGCAGAAGGGUUGCUUUUCCAGCUGGUUGGGAGAGCACAAACAUUAAAAAAAGGCUUUUUCAUUUUUCUAAUGCUGGGCAACUUAUGGUAGAAGUCACACAAAAAUGGUUCCCCCUGAAGUGCUACCUUCAUUAGUUCUGAAGUUCUUUGCAGAAAAUUCAGAAGGCAGUGUAGAACACAAUCCCGUAUCUGUGAGCCUUUAACUUAGAUGUUAAAGCAAGCCAGCGCACUGUGUAACAUGCAGAAGGGAAGGCUCAAAGAACCCGCCCAGCCCUUCCACCCUGCAGGUGCCCACUGGGAUGGUGCUGAGUGCCUGUGGAAGGUUAAGACCCAGUCCGCUCACCUGCAGGGCUGUUUACAGCAUGUCCUUUUACUCCAACCUCACUUUUUCACUGAGUUCAUGAGAUUUCACCAAAGCAUGUUUGAGAAGCUCACCACUCAAAGCAAAUUUAGUAACUGGGUCCCUCAGCCUAAUUACUGAUUUAGUUAGGUGAGGAGGUUCUCUCUUUGGAG